GGUAACAAGCAAGCAACCCAUCUAGCAGACCGUAUGGCAGUUCGUGAGCAGCUGCCAUUUGGGACACAGGAGGGUUAGAGUUUCGCAGUAUUAUUUUUGUUUCCUUUUUUCGUUUCGCUCCGAAGGGGGAGAAGAACAGAUUGAAAGUGUUUUUACCCUGAAACGUAAAUCUGUGUGUGUGUGUGUGCGAUUUCGAGAGAAAAACAGAUAGAAAAUAAUAGAACACGGAGGACAGCCAGCACAGAGAGACAACAACAGACAGUGGUGUUGUUUGUGGUGCGUGAUCCCGUUUUUCAUGUCGUUUUUGGGGGAUUUUCUUCGUGCAUAGUUUGAAGCCAUGCUGUGUCAUGGACAGAGGUGCAUGUGAGGAAAAACGGACGUUCGUUGCUCGGUGCAUCAUCGCUUUUUAACUGUUUCCAUUCGUGUGAUUGUGAGUGUGUGUCGAAAAUUUCACCAAACUGUUGCAUAAAAUGAAAGCUGCCGCUGCCUUCACUUGAGGCGGAUUGGAAGAGGAGAAUCCGUCAAUUUUUGCGGCCGACGAAGAAGAAAGAAGAAUAGACAACAAAAGAGGGAGAGAGAGAGAGAGAGAUAGGAGAAAAUAUGGACUCGAUCAGGAAGUGGUUCUACAAACCAAAGAAAGAUGACAAGUCUCUAUUGGCGCAAUUCUUUUUCGCCGAUGAGGCGCUCAACUUGAUCGCAGGAGAGUUGGACAGUUUCGACGGCCGCAAAGACCCGGAGCGAUGCACGACGUUGGUGAAUCAGCUGCGACAGUCACAGGACAAGGUGCUGACCAUCACGAACGCGAUCAUGGACGUGCUGAUCGGCGACGAACGGGCCAAUCGUGACUUUCGGGUCAAGUUCCCUGAAGACGUGCUGCAGGAGAACCUGGCCGGACAGCUCUGGUUCGGCGCCGAGUGUUUGGCGGCGGGUUCAUCGAUAUUGAACCACGACGCGGAGAGCACGACGAUGCGACCGAUAGCCAAAGCUCUGACGAAGAGUCUGGACAACGUACGCGGUCUGCUGCGGGAAGCCUCGUUGAAGUACAACACACCGAACGGGCCGAUCAAACUGGACAGCAACGAGCUGGUCACCGAGAUGCUGCUGGAGAGCCUGAAGAUAUUCGACAGACUGUUCGCAGAGUUCGAGCUGUUGUACGUGAGCGUGAUGGUACCGGUGAAGACGACGCAGGAGUACGAGCUGCAGGAACUCAUCGGCGUGCUGUUCUCGGAGACGCUGCAGCGAGCGCUCAAGAUGGGGCUGCUCACGCAGGAGACGGUCGACGAUUGCGAUCCGGCCUUGAUGUUCACCAUACCCAGGCUUGCUAUAGUCAGCGGGCUGCUGGUCUUCCCCAACGGCCCGCUGUGCAUCGACAAACCGGUGGAGGAGAUGAGCGAGAUGUUCCGACCUUUCCGCACGCUGCUCCUCCGCAUCCGCGAGCUCCUCUGGACGCUCAACAAGUGCGAACUCUAUAAUUUAGAGAAAAUAUUAUGUGAUAACGAGGAGACGACGUCCGGCGCCGGCGGCAUGCGGCUGGACACGAGCGCCAAGAUCAGCGAGGAUUUCGUCGCGCGCUUCUACUCGAACUACCCGAACGCGACGAUGGACAAUCGGCAACAGUUGCCGCACAGUCAACAUCAUCAUCAGCAGCUGCAGCAGCAGGAUAACGUCGACGAGAUAGAACAGAUGUUCAGCGACUACGAGUCGGCGACGGCGACCAAUCAUCAUCACCAUGCGGCCUCAACCUCCGGGGGUUACUUCAUUCCGAACACGGUGCAACACGAUGCUAUAGUGGCCUCGAUGGCCUCUUCGAAAGAUGCCGUCGAGAGGCCAGACUCUUUGCCCGAUCACGACUCGCUGCAGGUGAUAAGCGACGCCGCCGCCACCCUCUCCACCAUCCUUAACACCAAAGAAACCAGAGUCGGCGGCAAGCCAGAGUCUCCGGAUGACUCGGGCAUCUGCACCGAAAACACCAGCCUGGAUCGAUCGCCCAGUUUGGAGAUGAACCGAUGCGAAUGCCCGUCCACCAGCAAGGACGCCAAGCGUAUGAGGAAGAUGAAGCAGCUGCAGCAACAGUGCGAGGAGGAUUCCUCGAGUUUAGGCAGUACCGACACGACCUCCUCGUUCAACAGCACGUGCGCCGACGACGAGGAGAUCGCGAUGGCUCUGCAGGCGGCGGAGUACGCGAACCGUAACGAGGUCAGGGCGAAAUUCAGAUCUAGCGCAGAUCUGAUUCAUCGCCUGUACGUGUGCAUAGCGGGCGUCGCCGAUCAGCUGCAAACAAAUUUCGCGAGCGACUUGCGGAACAUUCUGAAGGCGGUGUUCUUGAUGAACGCGUCUCCCGAACCGGUGGCCGCACCGGAGCCGGUGGUGCAGGAAGCCUCCAUGGAAUACCGUCCCGUCGAGAACGAGGUAAUGGAGAACGAGUACUCGGUGGACCCGAACAUUCUGGCACAGGAGGCCCUUUUCGACUCGAACGUGUACUUCCAGAUCGACGAGGAGGAAGGACGCGAGGUGGAGGAGCAACUCGCCGGCGACAUGCAGCAAUACGCUAGCGUUAGGGAGGUCGUGCACGAGAUCGAAGAGGAGUUGCCGCAACCGACGACCAUGGAGCAGACGCCACAGAGUCCGCCCGUCUGGAUACCGGACGUGGAGGCCCCGAAAUGCAUGAGCUGCAUGGCCAACUUCACGGUGGUGAAGAGACGCCACCAUUGUCGCCACUGCGGUAAAGUCUUUUGCGCCCGUUGCUCUGCCAACAGCGUUCCUCUGCCCAAAUUCGGACACACCAAAGCCGUUCGCGUUUGCAACAAAUGCUUUAUGUACCACCUUGCGCCCUUCAAGAUGUGAGUGAUAGCUACUGCGCCCGAGUACUUACAUAUAGUUCACGCAACCUAAGCAAACAAACAAAAAAAAAAAGAAUAAAAUUAUUUAAUUUUCUAUAACUAUUCUAUUAUUAUAU